AAUGAAUAAUUUGAAUUGUACCUUAGUGGACAAUAACGUUGGAAAUACAAAUGACAAAGAAAAUGAAGACCACCAUGUAAGUAAAGGAAUAUCGGAAAAUACAAUUAUGUCCCUUGCUAACGCUUGUGAGUUGUUUGGAAAUGAGAUAUUCGAAGAACACAACGAAAGCAACAUAAAUAAGGAUCAAAAAGAUUCUUUCGAGGAGGAACUACCUGCAAACCAACAAGAACAAGAAGAAGAAGAUGUUGAUGGUGAAUCUGAGCUCAACAAAGUUACAUGUGAAGAUAGUCUGCCUGAUAAUUCUGAUGAUCAUUUUCUAAACAACAAUUGGGUCAAGUAUGGGUCAAAACUUUGGACAAAAGAUGCAAGUUAUCUCAUCAAGUAUGGAAUACCAAACAGUAAAAAAUUCCGUAGCAUUGCUAACCUCUAUGAGAAUACUCCCAGGCUCUCACCAGUUGAAGAUGAAUAUAAUUGGGAUCUUAUAAUUAUUGAAGAACCAAAUAGGAAUCAUUCGGCAAAAGAAGAUUCAAGUAUCAAAAGAAAGAAAGAGGAUGUUGGUUCGGGGAAAGAAGAUUCAACUAUCAAAAGAAAGAAAGAGGAUGUUGGUUCUGCAAAAGAAGAUUCAAGCACCAAAAGAAAGAAAGAGAAUGCUGGCUCGGGAAAAGAAGAUUCAAGUAUCAAAAGUUACAAAGAGAAUGCUGGUUCGGAAAAAGAAGAUUCAAGUGUCGAAACAAACAAAGAGAAUGUUGGUUUGGCAAACGAAGGUUCAAGAGUUGAAACAAACAAAGAGAAUGUUGGUUCAGAAAAAGAAGAUUCAAGUGUCAAAACAAACAAAGAGAAUGUUGGUUCGGCAAAAGAAGGUUCAAGUGCCAAAACAAACAAAGAGAAUGUUGGUUCGGCAAAAGAAGGUUCAAGCAUCAAAAGAACCAAAGAGUAUGUUGGUUCGGCAAAAGAAGAUCCAAUUACCAACACAAACAAAGAGAAUGUUGGCUUGGCAAAGGAAGAUCCAAGUAUCAAAACAAACAAGGAGAAUGUUGGUUCAGCAAAAGAAGAUUCAGGUAUCAAAACAAACAACGAGAAUGUUGGUCGUAAGAGAAAAGAGAGAAAGAACAAACACGGCAAUGGAGAACAGAAUGUUGGUUCUGCAAAAGAAGAUUCAAGAAUCAAAAUACAGAAAGAGAAGGUUGGUCGUAAGAGAAAAGAGAGAGAGAACAAAAACGGCAACGGAGAAAAGGACGUUGCAACUCCCUCCACCUAUCUCCAAGAUUGAAUUUUAACAUUUCAUUGAAUUCCAGCUGCUAGAUUGCAUUUGAAUUAUUUCUUGUUGAAUUAUAUCAGUUCAUUUACUUUCAACUUUAAGUUUCCUUUAUAAACUUUGCUAUACUUCUUUGGUUCUUCAUUAUUAACUACCUUUUAUAAAGGUUUAUCUUCAAAACUCGUCAACAAGAACGGUAUGAUCUCUCUCGGAGUAAAAGAAAAUCAGAUUCGAUAUUAUAUACCAAAUCAGUAAAUGUGAGUUUUCUCCAAAUUCCUGAGAAAGGCUCCAAACAUAAGUGUCUAAAGUCAGGUUAAUUUCACAGAAGGUCAUCAACUUAUAGGUUCACAGAAGAGAGAGUUUUCGAAAGUGGACAUAAAAGGAAGUCUUGCCUUUCAUCAGGCAGGGUACCGAUGAAUUGUGAAGGGUAUCUUCUUUUCUCGAAGCUCUUUCAUUGCCAUCUUCUGAAGCAAAUGGACAUUAAGGAAGAUACAUCAAACAUUCUAUAAACUUUACAAGUGAGCUGCCGAUUUCCCUCCUAUCCUAAUGACAAAACCGGAUUCAGAGGUUGUUUCUCUUAAGACGAAAAUGUAUGAUUGCAGUCAUGAAGGGUUUCCACCCUACGUCAUCAUUUUCAUGCUUUUUUUGUUAAAGUAACAUGAGAACCUGGGGAGACUGGAGAAGA